CAAGCCACAGGGUAGCUGCAUGUACUCCGCUACUUCAAUAGGGCUAGUGUGUCUCACCCUGCUGCGCGUACUGAUGGGUCCGAUGAUACAUUAUCCUACUAUGUAUUUCGUCUGCGCCGUCCCUGGACGUGCUCCGUUGUUUUCAUUCGUCCAAGCCCCAGUGCUUCCCAGGUACGGAUCUAGGGACCCUAGUCGUGAUCCCAGCAUAUCCUCGUCUCUUUCCACAGUUGUGGAUAUUGGGAGCACGGGUGCUUGUCCUCGCCCGCCGACGGUCCAUUCAUUCAAUCUGUUUCUCUUGACCGAGACAUUGCUCGCCUUUCUCUCAGCGUCCUUGCUGCUUGUGCCUUUCCUGCCUAUUGUAGUCACCAACGAGGGUGCUCUUGUAUUGUCAUCGCGGGCCGUUUCGACGACGAGGAUUCUCUCUUUUGCAGGCUGUGUCUGUCUUCAAUGUAUUGACUUGAUCGUGAUCACUGUGUCACACCUACUACUUAUUGCGGGCGCAUUAAGACACCCAUCAGGGGCAUACGCAGCGCGGAGGCGGCCGACUCUUUAGGCAAAGCAACCAGACCUGCAUCCGAACUCCCACCUCCGCUUUUCCCCCAAACCUGCGACACGAAGCCCUUCAGGAGAAGGAAAAGGGCUCGACUGUUAUCAACGUCGACGUUCUCGGGCCUGGCAUUGAGCUCAACACGGAAACACCACGCCUCAGAAACUUUGUUCUGUAGAUCUUCCAUCCAGUCCAAUCGGGGCUGGGCCCAAAACUUCUGAAGAUUUUGCGCCUCUGGUCCCCGGCAGCAAUCACGGCAAAAACCAUCGCCAGAACGGUGCUCGUCACAUCGCAUUGCAGGAAUCUCUAACCUAUCGACAUUCGUCUGAUAAGUCAU